AUGACUGAAAGGAGGAAAAAUCAAAGUGAGGUAUGGACUUACUUCACUCAGCCAAUGGCAGGAGUAGCAGUUUGCAAAGAAUGCCAAAUGAACAUAAGCAUGGGGUCAAAAUCUACAACAACAAAAAAUACCUCCAACAUGUGGAACCACUUAAAGAUACAUCACUCAACUAUCUUUGAAGAGGCAAAGAAAAAAAGAGAUGCUGAAGAGGCAAAGACAUCCAGCCACAUUCAAGCAUCUCUUCCUAUGAUGUUUGAAAAGCAGACAAAGUGGAAGACGCCUGAUGUCCGCUCAAAAACACUGGACAGGAUGAUUACAGAAAUGAUAGCUACAGACAAUCAGCCUUUCACCAUGGUUCAAAAUAAAGGCUUCCAGAGACUCAUGGCAACUGCAGAACCAAGAUAUACUCUGAAGAGUGAGAAGUUCUAUCGCACAGAGAUGUUCCCCAGUAUUAACAACAGUAUCGUUGAGAAGGUUAAAGCACUGCUUAAGCCUGAUAACGCAAGUUAUAACUUGGCUUUUACUACAGACUGCUGGUCCGGUACAACUGAAUCCCUAAUGAGCUUGACAUGCCAUUUCAUUGAUGAUCAGUGGAUUCGCAGACAAGUAAUUCUAAACACAAAAGCAAUGAUGGGAUCACACACUGGAGAGUACAUUAGCGAGAUGUUUUUGGGCAUGCUGGAAGAAUGGGACAUUGACAAAGAUAGAGUGGUUCUUGUUCUCAGGGACAGUGGUGCUAACAUUGUUAAAGGUAUGAGAAUUGCUGAACUGCCUGACAUGAGCUGCAGUGCCCACAUAUUACAGCUAGUUGUCAAUGACGGCCUCAACUCACAAAGAGCUGUCCAAAAUAUCCUGUCAGUGCUGAAAAGCUGUGCUACACAUUUUAAUCAUUCAGUACUAGCUAAACAGCGUUUAGCAGUGAUCCAGCAGGAUCUUGGGCUACCUGCACAUGCCAUCAUUCAGGCUGUCCCGACCCGACGGAAUUCCACCCUGCACAUGCUGGUCAGGAUGCAAGAGCAGAGAAGAGCUCUGAACAUAUAUGCCAGUGAGCAUAGUGGGUUCACUAGCCUGAGUGCUGAUCAGUGGAGUAUUGUCAGCAAUCUUAUUGAGAUACUUUCUCCAGUGGAGGAGGUCACUCUUGAGAUGAGCCACUAUGAGAGUUCAGCAUCAUGCAUCAUCCCAUCUGUCAAAGUUCUGAAGAUGUUGCUUAGCAGUCAAGGUCCCUCCUCUCAUGGGAUUAAAACAAUGAGACAGGAGAUGCUGGAGAGUCUCACCCGACGGUUUGCAAAAGUGGAGGAGUUGAAAUGUGCAGUCCUUGCCUGUCUUCUGGAUCCAAGGUACAAGGAACAUGCCUUUUCAUCUGACACCACACUGUUGAAUGCAAAAGUUUGGCUUGAGGAGGAGACAGAAACCUUAGAGCAAGACAACAACGUACAAGGUGAAGGAACACAGUCAGAUGAUUCCACCAUUUCAAAAAGGCCCCGUACAGAAGAAACCCAGAAGAAACUGAUUGAUGAGAUGUAUGAUACUCUGCUUGGUGCUACUAGUUCUGAAGUUGGUGGGUCUAGCCUUGAAAGAGAGCUUCAGCAGUACCUUUCAGAAUCAGUGAUUGAUAGAAGGAUGGGCAAGCCACUUGAAUGGUGGAAACAAAAUGAGAAAAGGUUCCCCAUUCUUGCUCGUCUGUCAAGAAAGUUCCUUUGCCCCCCAUCGUCUUCAGUGCCCAGUGAACGAGUCUUCAGUGAAGUGGGAGCCAUUUAUGAAAACAAACGAAGCAGGCUUACAGGGCAGAAUGCUGAAAGACUCUGUUUUCUACACUACAACGUAGUUCUGCUUAACUGGGAGUAUUAA